GCGGGGAAGCCGGAGCACCAUGGGCUGUGUGAACUUGACCCUGGGGGCUCAUCAAAGGCAACUCAGAGGAGCAGACGUGCUCCAACACAGAAGAGGCCCUGCCUGUCACACACCCGAUGUUAGCUGUCGUGAGGACACACAGAUGCGCCCAGCCCCACACGACUUCCGGGACUUUCCUUCCCAUCUUUCCCUCCAUGUAGGAUUUUCUCGUUGCCACAGUUACCAGGGGUGAAGCCGAACCUUCUCGCCCAAUCCUGAAGGUGCAGACUGCGGAGCUGCAAGGAAGGCCCACGGAGAGGCGGAGGUGCCAUGGACCCAGAGGACGAAAGCUCCAUCGCCCACAUCGUCAGGUAUUUCCAGGACGAGGUGAGCAGAGAGGACCUGCAGCUCCUGCUGACGGAAGACGAAGCCUGGCAGAUAUUCGUGAAGGAGGCGGAGUUGUCCGGGGAUGAGGCAGAGUCGCUGCGUGAUGCUCUGACGGAGUUUGCGACAGACGUGGACUUGGACGUGGAGGACAAAGUCGCGCUCCAGAAGUACCUGCUGGAAAGGGAGAGGUUUUUGAACGAGUUUCCUCAGGCGAAAGCCGAGCUGGAGGAGUGCAUAGCAAAGCUGCACGCCCUUGCAGAUAAGGUUGACCAGGUGCACCGGAACUGCACCAUCUCCAACGUGGUGGCCACCAGUGCUGGCGCUGUCUCUGGCAUCCUGACCAUCGCUGGCCUGGCUCUGGCCCCUGUGACAGUAGGGGCCAGUCUGGCGCUCACAGCAACGGGAUUGGGGCUGGGGACAGCAGCUGCGGUGACCGGAGUUUCCACCAGCAUUGUGGAGCACGCUACCACCAUCUCAGCCGAAGCCGAAGCCGGCCGCCUGACGUCGACCAGCGUCAAGAAGGUGGAGAAGGUGGCCGAGGCCGUGGGUCAGAGCGUGCCCAAAGUCAUUGCCAUAACCAAGUCUUGCAUCCAAGUCCUGCAAGGCAUCGGGAAGAAUGUCCGUGCCCUCAAGAUAGCCCAGACCAACUCCCGCUUAGUGGCCAGCGCCAAGCGCCUCAUGACCACUGGGAAAAUCUCAGCCCGGAGCAGCAGGCAGGUCCAGAGAGCCUUUGGCGGCACCGCACUGGCAAUGAGCAAGGGAGCCCGCAUGAUGGGUUUCGCCACCGCAGGCAUCUUCCUUCUGAUGGACGUGGUCACCCUGGUGAAAGAGUCGCAGCACCUGCACGAGGGGGCCAAGUCCAAGUCGGCUGAGGAGCUGAGGGAGCGGGCCCAGGAGCUGGCCAGGAAGCUGCAGGAGCUCACGGAGAUCCAUAGAAGCCUGCAGCCGGACCCAAUGCAGUGGAUGCUGUGACUCCCGGGCGGCGCCGGGGGUGGGGGUGGGGUGCGCUGACCACAGCCUGGGCAAACAGAAACAUCUUAGAGGGACAAAGGGAGCGAGAUCACAUCUAUGGAACUUGAACACCAGGCCGGGAGAAUGCAGGUGGCAAAUGGGGUCCAAGAGAAAGCGGAAGCCUGGAGCCCGGACUGCGGAGGGGGAGGGGCGCUAUUCACUGAGGACUGAUGAACAGAGUGGGGCCGUGGAGAGGGGGAGGCACGCGGGAGCGAGCCCCAAGAGUCAAAAAUGGGAGAAAACCAGAGACUUGGACUGGUUGGGAGGUGGAAGAAGCAAUGGUGGCCGCCCUGCUGAUGCUGUCCCUGGCCGGAUGUCCCAGCCAGGGGGAAGCCUCUCCCUGGGGUUGCUCUCCAGGGCGGCCUCCUCCACCAGUGGGCUUGUCUCGGGAGUGGGACGGUGGGCAUGGUGGCAGCAGGAGUGAGGCACGGGGCACGUGAGCAGAGUGCGCUGUGGACCAGCCCAGUGCCAGGGAAGCUCCUAACGCCAUGACGUAAUAGCGGUUGCUUUCCAGGGGAAAAAGUGCGAAGCCAGGUGCAGGAACAGGCCGUGCUGGGGAGCCCGAGCAGCUUGGGUACAGAGAUGCCGCCCCCCUGAGCCUGUUCCUUCAUCGGCUUGGGGACGGGUGCUGGAGACGACCACAGCUCAGAUCCGGCGGCCUCUGCUCCCCUUGCAUCCAGGCAAUGCAUUGGCUCCGGGUUAAUAAAAGUUGGCCGAGUUGCAGAGA